CCCCUCGCCUGCCCCGAGCUCGCGGGAGCCGCCCGUCGCCCCGCUGCCGGCUGCGGUACCGGGAGCGACUAAGCGGGACCUUCUGUCUGGGCGAGCCGUCUCACCCGAGCCCCUGCCCGCCGCUCCGGGGAGCCAGGAGCUCCAGCGGUCGUUGCAAAAAUGGACCUUUGGGAGAGCGGCCGGUAACAAGAACUGCCACGGCGCCCAGACCUCCAGUCGGGCAGCUCUUCUGUUGUGCGUGUUUAGUCAGAGAUGACUCAAAGAAUUGGGCUCCUGUUUUGCUGCCUAACCCGGGGGCUCCCGUGUCCGCCGCUGUUUCUCUUGGGCGUGACCUGCCCCGCCGUUGUCGGCUGCUCCCUGCUCCCUGGCCUGGAAGGAAGUGCCCGCCUUUGGCAUCUUUCCAGUAACGUGUCGCACUACGAGCUGGGCUCUUGUGAGGCAGAAGCUAAAUUAGCCUUGUCUCUCGACUUUUGGACUCUGUCCUCCGAAAACCUUAUAGCUGUGUUGCCAGUUGAUCCUGUUAAAGAAAAUUAUGUUCGUAAAGUGAAAAACUGUAUUUUUUCAAUUGCCUUCCCUACUCCUUUCAAAUCAAGAGUACGUCUUGUAGCAGUUUCAAAGGAAGUUCUAGAAGAUAUUUUGGACCUUGACUUCUCUGUCUCCGAAACAGAUGAUUUUAUCCAGCUUGUGAGUGGUGAAAAGAUAGUAUUUGGAUCCGUUCCAUUGGCUCACAGAUAUGGUGGGCACCAGUUUGGGAUAUGGGCAGGUCAGCUUGGGGACGGAAGAGCCCAUCUUCUUGGAAUUUACAUGAACAGGCAGGGUGAAAAGUGGGAGCUCCAAUUAAAGGGCUCAGGAAAGACUCCAUACUCCCGAAAUGGUGAUGGCAGAGCUGUACUUCGUUCCUCAGUGAGAGAAUUUUUAUGCAGCGAGGCUAUGCACUCUCUUGGAAUUCCAACUAGCAGAGCUGCAAGUCUGGUUGUGAGUGAUGAUGAAGUAUGGAGAGAUCGGUUCUACAAUGGAAACGUUGUGAAAGAAAGAGGUGCAGUAGUGCUGCGUAUCGCAAAAUCAUGGUUUAGAAUUGGAUCAUUAGAAAUUUUGGCUCAUUAUGGUGAACUGGAGUUACUAAGGACAUUAUUAGACUUCAUCAUACGGGAGCAUUUCCCCUCAGUGAAGGUCACAGAACCUAACAGAUAUGUGGAUUUUUUCUCUAUUGUGGUAUCAAAGACGGCACAACUCAUUGCCUUGUGGAUGUCUGUUGGUUUUGCUCAUGGUAAAGCUGCUCAGAUUCUUGAGGGGUAUCCAGUUCUUUAUUAUACAAGAUUUAGAGACUUGUUCAAAGCCAAACUGGGGUUACUUGGAGAGAGGAAGGGUGAUGAUGAUUUAAUUGCAUUUCUCUUACAUCUCAUGGAAAAGGCAGAAGCUGAUUUUACAAUGACAUUUCGGCAGCUCAGCGAGAUUACCCAAAGCCAGUUAGAGGAGCUCAACAUUCCCCAGCAAUUCUGGGCACUGAAGAUGAUUUCAGAGCACAAGCUUUUUCCUGCCUGGGUGUCCCAGUACCUUUUGAGACUGAAGAGUAACAUGAAUGAUUCAGAUUCUGAAAGAAGAAAAAGAAUGACAAUUUACCAUGUGACUUCACACUUGGUUUGGAAAAGAAAAAAAUGGAAGUUAGUUCUUUCUACAGUGUGGAUUCUAACAAGAUCAAAGAUGUUCAGACAGUAGGUCCAAAGUCCUUGAUUCCUGUUGCCUUACUUAGGACUUGCAUAGAGAGCUAAUGUGUGUCAUCGGGGUGGCCAAUUUUGUGUGAAUGAAAUAAGGAUGAUGCUAACAUUCCAUGUUAGGUUAGGGAGUGAGAUUGCUUCUUGAACUCAGGACAUUAUUAUAGAAAUAAAACCAAGUUUAGGGG